CCUUGACGGACACGAAAGCGCGAAAUUUGUGCCCAGUCCGGAAUAUCGAUCAAAUAAAAUCUAUUUUCAAAGACCGAAAAAGUGAGAAACUGAAGAAUAUUGAAUAAGAAGUAUACAAAGUUUGAACAAAGCAACCGUUAUAGAAAACUUUCAAUAAUUACAUAGUUGGUCAAAGUUUUGGAAUUUUGUGAAAAAUGAGAAAGUGAUUGAUCAUCAAUGAAAACUAUUUGAAGUAUUCAGGAAUAAAAAUAAAAUAAAAAAUGUACUAAGGAUAUCCAUACCUCUUGAAAACUGUAAGCGUGAAGAAAAUAAACUUGUACAGAGAGCGGAUAAGCAACUUUUGAAAUACGAGAACUACAAAAAAUGAAAAAAAUUGUUUUGAAGAAAAGUUUAAGCUCGAAAGAAUCACUAAAUCAUCUUCAAGAAAGCAGCCACUGGUGCCCGUCAUGAAUAUGGAAAAAUAAAUAAAUAAAGACAGCAGAUAAUAAGCUGAAAUACAAAAAGGAUUACAUAGCCUUAGGAACAGAGAAAGAUUUAAACAAAAUUUUAUACAAAAAGAAACUUGUCACAAUCGCUAACGAAAAUAAUAACGAAUCUGUCAAGCAUCAACACAAAUUUGCGGGGUGAGCUAUGGUCAUGGUGUAAUUGCACUGACUCCUCUGCCGCUGUGAAAUCUAGAAUUAGGAAAUUUUCCAAAGACGCAUGCUUACAUCUUUUAAGUGACGUUUAUGCCACACGCAUUGCCGACAUCGCUCUUACAGGCGCAAGGACGCAAUGUUGCCGGCAACAUGGGGCGUGUCCAACAUGUAGCAACGGUGUUACUGUGCUUGAGCAUAUGGCAGAGCCGUGCCACAUCAAUACUAGAAACUGUAGCAUCCAAAUCAACAACAAUAAUAGGGAUACGUGACCAUCAUUCCGCUUUUGUCAACACAGACUAUGACUCAGAAACGAUCGCAGCCUCAGCUGCACUGGAUACUACGCAUGGUGGCGAAAUAAUGGGUGCCACAUCGUUAGCCGCAGCCGCCGGGGCUGCAGUAGCUACGGCCAGUGAGAAAGUUACAACUGUUGGUAGGAAUAACGUCAACUCGGAGGCGCACAACCCGUUAAACAUCGUUGUGACUGCUGACAGGGAUAUUGAUGUCGGUCCCUUUGAUGUCAUUGUUGACAGUCUUACCGAUGAUAUAAACAAUUACGAUGCAGGUGACGGUACCGCUGACACGGGAUCUCUGAAACAAAGUCACGGAAGCAACGAAAUAUUCAGUAGCAGCGCCAACUUACUGCUCGAACUUACAGCCAAUAUUAUCAAUCUUACACGGCAACAUAACGGCGAUAUCUUCCGGACGAUGGGCGUACACACUUGUAAUGCGGACACUUGCGUUGGCUUAUCGAGCGGUACGGCAGGCGUUGACGUCUUAUCUGUAACUGCUGAAAAAGGUGGCAACAGUGGCGCUACAAUUCAUUCUACGGCUGGAGUCGAUCACUUCGUUAGAAGACCCAAAUUUCAAAAAUCUAAUCAUCGUACUGUUGCAAGCGAGCCGACUGAGAGUUGCCAGUGUCGCUGCUUACCUUAUUUAAGCACAUAUCGGGAGGACUUAGGCAUUUGCGUCGAUGAUGUUCACGAAUGCACUCUUUCGCCGUUUGUAAGCGGUUCGGCGUCCGAGAAAAUCCCGUUUGUAUUUCUUCCAUUGCGCGGCCAAAUCAUUUACCCCAGCAGAGAAAUCAGUUUUCCAAAUAUUCGUACACCCGUGUGCGCAGUCACUGGAGCCCAAUAUCUCACCACCACCGGCUGGUCAGAUCUGCGGAACCCGAUCGAUACAGACUACCCAUUCCGUAUGUUCCGUGACGAAGGGCGUACUUUCUUGCAGUGGCUGGGUGAACCGGAUUUGCGCCACAAAAUGCAAGGUCGACUCAUUGUGGUGCAUUUAGUCUGUCGCGACAUGACAAUUUCUUUGAAUUCCACCAGCAAAGAACACAUGUUGCCACCAAAGAAUGUCUACUCACCUUGUGUUGCCUUUCGCGUCAACGGCACACCAGUUAAAUACACUCACAAUGUCUCAGAGGUCCUCUUCCAGUCGGAAACUACGUCAACACUGGCCUCCACUUCGGACGGCAUGUCCACUAAAGAGUAUGUGGUAAUUGCCGUUUGCAGUCUGUUGCUUGGUCUUAUUUAUGUAGCCUCCGUAUUUCUGUACCUGCACAUGAAGAAACGAAAGGGUCGUCACCAAUCGGCGCACACACGCAACUCUCUCGAUGACAUGAACAAUGAGAUAAAUUAUCCUAAAAAUGACCAAGUGACAUUCGGCGCGCCUUUCAAUCGUAGUGGCAGCAUUUACUCAGCCACCAGCAUGGGCGCAUCAAAUGAGCCACGUUCACGCACUAGCAUUGGAAGUUUAAAAGAGGAAAUGGGCAUCGUCAAAAGUAAUCCUUUAUUGCAACACUUUCCCCAAUUGAGCGAGCAUAAUUCGGGCUUUGCUAGCGACAUAUCGAAUUCGAAUUCCGAAUGCGAAAUGGAUGGUACUUUACAAGAAAAACUCAACCAGAUGCAGACAUCGGCGCUGGUACAUCCGCAAUUGGGAGGUAUGGGAAAGUUGCACAACAGCUCACCGAACGGUUCGCCGAAGAACGCGAAAGAUCAGUCGAUUGCUGAGACAACACGCGAGCCGACAUUGUCAUCGUCGCCCACACAAGAGACGGAAUGCCUGCCGGUAGAGAAUGUUUCGAUUGUUGAGGACAUGAUGAAGAAUGUUUCGAUUGUUGAGGACAUGAUGACUGAGGAGAAAUUGGAACACUUGAGGCAAAUGAUGAACGGUAGUGUGCGUAAAAAGCUUUACUUUAAUCCCGCCUACUUUGAACCACAUUUAUUGGCGCAACCUCCACCCGCCGCCAUUGAAUUCUUACACAAAAUACGUGAAGUAAUUGCAAUAGCGAAAUAUAAAAUGGCUACAAAAAGAUACCAACCUUCGCUUAUUAUGAUACCUGAAGAGGGGGCACAACGCUCUGAUACAGCCUCUCUGUAUGGUUCAAACCGCCAACAGUCGCCGUCCGAGUGCCAUGGCUGUGCGAAUAAUCGUUGCAGCGGCCACGUGAAAAAUUGCGGCGACAAGCGAAAUAGCAUCGAAAAGUGGUUGCAGACGGUGACUAGCAAUGAGGGGGACGGUAACAAUGAAAACACUCAGACACAACCCUCCAGCAGUGCCAAUGAACAGUCACAGACAAAUAAGGCUCAACCAUUAGAACAGCUCCUAAACGAAAACAUCAGAUGUCAGUCGCUAAGCAGUUCCUCGCCAUCGCUUUCAAGUCUCUCACAUAGUUGCAACGUUCAAUGUGGCACAUUAAGUAAGGAGGUCACGUCUCCCAAGCAGCGCCCUCCGCCACCUCCCAUACCCACUGAUGGCGCAGAUAGAAUUGACAAUAUUAAACGCCACACAGUCAACUCAAAACCGACUGCACAAGGGUCACCUGUAAGUGACAUAGAUAUCAUUAAAAGCACGUCGUCGGUUUCCUACCAGCUUUAUUGCUCCAGUGUUUCUACAGAUAACUCUGUCAAUACACCCGUUAAUAAUAAUUACAGUAAGGCAUUUUCUGCGCUCUCUGCUGCAGCCAAUAUAUAUGGUUUCGCUGAAACUGGCAGCGAGAUUUACAAUAAUCCCAAAUUUUCACUUCAUGACUCUCCAUGCUCAUCACAACGUGAACAAAAUUUCGCUGCUCAUCGAUCCAAGUCCAACGUAGUACACAAACAGAGAGAUGUUCUUAACAUCUACGAGCCAUCUUCUGCCAGCAAUUCACUUUGCCCUACCGGGCGCCAGCAAUAUGAUGUUAUGCGCAAUUCGCUCAAUCGUGAGUAUUUUGCUGCUUUUAAUGCCAAUACUGGUUUCCAUUUGGAUAUACCAACACCGGACUAUGAUAGUACAAUUGAAAAGAAAAUCAAAGACAUUUAUAACAAUACACAGAGCAGCGUACCAUCGGUACCAACGCCUGACUACAGUACCCUGAGUCGCAAAUCGCUCAAACAAUUUCAACCCGAUUCGCCGAUUUAUAGACGCAAGUCACCACAAUAUCUAAUUGUGGAUUACGAAACCGAUAGUCUAGAGCGAUUGGAGGCCACUAAGCGUAAAAGCUCUCAGUCGUCCUCGUCUCCCUCAUCCGAUGUGAGCUCCCAGCUCAGCCCUAGUCUAAGUACAGCAUUACCGCUUGAGGAGGAGUUAGAGAUCAGUCACACAGUCUACGACAAAUCAAAGGGGUUUCGUCCAGAUGCUGGACUGAAGAAAAAAACUUUAAACAAAUCAGACAGCGAUAGCAGUAAACAGAAAGAAAUAGCAGCACGUAUUAAAUAUGACACACCGUUUCGGGGCAGUAUGACCAUUGAAGUAGAACAUGAACCUCAAUCAGAUAUCGAACGCUCUACAGAUAGCGAUCAAUUUGAGCCUGAUACAUUAGAUCGCAAGCCGAAGAAGCAAAGCUUCUGUGAUGUGAGCGCCUGGCCGGAACAGGCCUUAAAAAAGAUUCAAAAUGGAGAUCAGCUAAAUAAUUACACCUCGCUGCCUGUGAUGGGCUUGCACGAGACGCAUAAUGAACUGCAUGGACAUCAAUCAUCAUUAAUGUUGCGUUCAACUAAUUCAUUUCGAAGUCAAAGUAGCCAUGGCAGUGGCUGUUUUCCGGCAUACGAAAGCCACGUCUCGCCUCGUACAAGAGAAUUAGUCAACGAGCUGAAUGGUGAACGAAGGCCCAACGUCAAUAGCUUACGAGAGAUUUAUCAAUCGCCAUUGGUACGACAAAAUAGUCAAUCAAGCUGUAAGUGUGGAGGUCAAUAUGCUAGCGCCCAAGAGCUCGAUUUAAGUAAUGAUCAAGGGCGUUUACUUACGCUCGAGGCUAAACAAAAGCGGCGUCAACAAAUCGUUGAAUCACCUGUCUCACCACCACCACCCACAAACAUAGAGAUCUCGAAUGCAGCAUCUAAUAAAACUACUAUUAAAAUUAGUACACCGAAAGCUCGACGCAUUGCAGAAGCUGCAGUAAUUAGUCCUAAUGUACAUUCUCCAAAGACGACGCCGUCCCCACCUCCUAAGAACUUUUCGGUUUCGUCAAAGAGUUUCUACGAACUAACAAAAAAUGUAAAAACUCCGCUUACACCAAUGCCUACCGCAAGCCGAACGCCCUCACCUACUCCCAGCAGCACCCUGAACAGCACAACUACCAGCAAAGCGUCAUCUUCAUCACUGGGUGAAAAGAAACGCAUCAGUCGUUCACCGCUACCAUUGCCUCCACCACCUCCACCAAGUUCCGCAUCCACCACAUUAACAAGCCAGCGAAGUCACGCCUCUAAACGGCACUCGCAUCAUGACCAGAACCCCAAUCCCCUCAAUCGCCAACACUUUGUUCAUCACCCCACCACCAGUACAAAUGCUACAACAACAGCCACUGAAGAGGAGACAACGAGCAAUCAUAGCGAAUCCACCGAGAUCACGGGUGUAUCGGAUAACCUACCCAACUCAGAAUUUGAUGGUUCAUGCAACAACACGCUCUCUAGUGUUGCACAUGAUGAGCCAGAUAAACCGGACCCAACUGAUUCACAAGAAUAUUUGAGUAGUCGCGUUAGUUUCCACAAUGACAAGCAUUUAGAUUCACCACCCGCAAAAACAAAAUCUAAACACAUUGGAGAUGACUAUGGAACAAUGUUCAAUACGGAAAUCAAUGGUUUGAGGGGUGACUAUAGCCUUACGAAGUACAUGAACCGUCGAAAAACUGUAGAUCCCGCUGAAGAAGGCCCGAUUUGUCGUAAAGAUAUCGAAACGCAGCUCGAAACGAACAAUAAUAUUAAUAAUGUGAAAAUUUGUGAGUUAGACAACAGUAAAUUAGACCUGCUGUCGAUCGGUUCACGUUCGAAUCGUAGCAGCAGUCGACUGUCCGAUCGCACCAAGGAACUAUAUAGGAAUGCUGGAGUACCAGUCGGCAUAGCAUAUCCACAACGAAGCACAGCUUCAAAUAGUAAUAGUGCCAACUCAACGCCACCACCACCUGCACAGGCACCAAUAAGCACAAUACAAACAGUUUAUCAUUGUGAAAUCGAGCCUGUGCAGUUGACACAUGGAAUGCAAAUUGCAAUGGGUCUCAAAGAUCGCGCCAAAAAAACAAAGGAUCUCAAGAAUGCAUGGAAGAAGUUCGUUAGCAUGGCUGCUUCCAAAUUUAGUCCAACACAUAGUCCAGCACCUCCUUAUGAUAAAAAGCCGCUUGGUUUUCUGGAGGUGCUCGACCGUGACGAAGGCAUUUCCUCGCUUAUUGCCGAACAUCCACGAGUAUCUUCCCCAAAAAGUAGUUACUCUGCACCUGGCUCUCAUAACUAUUAUGGACAGCGAUUCGGAUCACGUCUUCAAGAACUGGACAGCGGUUACAUGAGCGCCGAUUCGGGUGAAGUACACAAACGUAGCUUCUACGAUCGUUACAACUUUAAAAAGAUGUCUGGUCGUGAUCGCAUUAUACGCAUAGAUACAAUUGAAGAUAAUUCGGAUGGCGACAGUACUUUAACCGAUCGUCACAACGGUAUGACGGCAUCUAUGCGACGUGGCAGCAUAUUAGAUAGCAAUCGGUUUGAAGAUUUUGAGCACAUGAGUGAGCCACUGGAGGGGGAGGUCUCAGUAAUGAGAUGUAAUGCCACAGCCGCGCAAGAUUCUCCGGAUGCAGACUCAAGCGAUGCCGAGUCUGAUAAAACACUGACUCAUUCGAGUGGCACUAACUUGGACAUAACGCAUAUGGAUGCUUUAAAUGUAUACUCAUCUGAGGAGGAAGAGCAGCGAAGAGACAGAAAGAGUCCAUCAUAUGGCUCCUCGGAGACAGAUGGUGAGACAAAUGCAGAAGAUAUGUGGGAAUCGGGUGCGGAAAGCAUUGAAACUCAUUCUGUACUGUACAAAAAUGUGAGAAAUAGCUGAACAUUUUUACGUUACAUCACGCUUAAGGGACUAUUCUAAUCUGGAUGUCUAAAUUUGAAGCAAGUGAAAAUGUGUCUUUGUCAUUAUGUUUUCUACCCAUGAUAUCAUUUCAAAAAUGUCCAGUAAUGGAAGAAUAACUUUUUCUGAAAAAAGAUUCAUAAAAUGGAGCCAACUCUACAAUUAAAAAUGGUCUACACGAUAAAAAAAUAUUUAAACAGUAUUCAUGCUAAAUCUCAAAGAAAAUUGAUGAAAGGAUGAUAAGAACUUGUGAUAUCGUGACGACCGCAUCAAAAAAGUAGUUUCGAUAAAAACGUGUUUAAAAUUUCGGCAUUCGCUUCAACCAGACUAGAACAUCCCCUAAAACUAUGUGCAGAACACAAUGUACAAGAAUUAAAUUGAAAGUCUAAUUUCAAGUUUCUUGUUCUUACUUCGUUUAGUUUAAGUUUAAAUUCAAAAAUUAAAAAAACCAAGUGCAAUAACAGAGGUCAUAUCCCUCAGGAGGGUUAGACAUCAGACUGUAGCCCAAAUGUGUACAAUUAAGUUAGUUCGUUGAGAGAAAUAGUUGGUAGUGUGUACUUAUUGUAGAAUUUAAACGAACAAUGUGAUAUCUUCCGUUGUCUUUGGCCGGAAACGUGCAAUCAAUCUGUAUCCACUAAGUGCAAUAAAAAAGAUGUAUCAAUAAUAAUUUCUUAUUAAGAGAGAGUACUGAUAUAAAUGUAUUUAAAAGUAGGCAUUUAUUGAAAUAAUUAAAAUUAUAAUUAAUUAAAAUGAAUAGAUAAUGUAGUUUAUACAAACAAUGCAGGCGCAGCUAUGAAUUCCAAAUAGUCCAGUUAUAGGAGUGAAUAUUGGCUAGUUUAUAAAGAUACUUAUAGUAGUUAUACCAUCAACAACUCACUAUUUAAUAAUGAAAUUUUAAUUUUUAGUGCAAUUGGUUUUCUCUUAUUAAAAAAAUAGAAUAAUGUAUAAGUUAGCACAUACGGCUUUGA